AGUUACGAGGAGGCGACGUUCCCCCUGGGGGAGGAGCAGCGGGGGGAGGAAGAGCCAGAUUUCUCCCUGCACUUCCAGCUGCGGGAGGUGAAGAGCUCCCUGCUGGAGGUCAAGGAGAAGAUGGAGGACAUCCGGAUGGGAGAGGUCCGGCCCAGAGGCUCCGGCUCGGCUGGAGAGCUGAUGACGGCAGAGAGCCUGCUCAGUCUGAGAGGAAGCUCAGCCAGUCUGAGGAAGAGCCAGUGGAGUCUGAAGGAUCUGAAGAAGAUGAAGCCGGUCUCAGGACACAAGAAGGCUCGAGUGUACAUGGAGGACGUGACUCUGAACCCGGUCACAGCGUACCCGUUCCUCAUCCUGUCGGAGGACAGGAAGCAGGUGAAGAGAGGAGAGAAGCUUCAGUUCUACAGAAACUCCCAGCAGCGCUUUGACGUGUGGUCGUGCAUCAGCGGGAAGGAGAGCUUCAGCACGGGGAGGCACUACUGGGAG